AUGUUCUCUGAGAAUCUGCACUUUUUUGAGAAAUUAAGUAUUUUCUUGAUAGAAACAAAAAUACCCCAUGAAAAGAUCAAAUUUCUUAAAAAUACUAUUUCUCUAAAAGGUGGUUUUAUUGUAACGAACCCAAGCACGGCAGAUGUAAUCUUGACUAUACUGAAAUCACCAGCUAGAAUUAGUCGAUACAUUGGUAGUGAAACACGUAAACCAAUAGUGUCUAUUGAAUGGGUUGACAAAUGUGUGAGCAAAGGCGCUCGUAUAGAAUUUGUAGAUUAUCUUAUAAGGGGUAUAGAAGAAGAUGCAAUGGAUUGGACUACUGUAGAGGAAGAGGAAGAGGAUCAGGAUCUAUUUGAUGAAGACAGUAAUAGUUCAAGUAGUCGAUCGCCCAUUUACACAAGUGAGAACGAGCAUUCGGAUGAUGGUCGAGAUGUCGAUUUGGAUCCUCGAUUCUUGAACACUUCGUAUGAAUGUUUGCGACCUACUCCACUGAAGCCUAAAUUUAAUGCCAAGCUUGUUGAAUUGUUGGAAGUAAUAGAAAGAGCAAGGGAAGUGAACGAUCAGUGGAGGAACGCACUGAGUUAUCGACGUGCAAUAGCAGUACUAAAAUCAUAUCCUCGUGAUAUCAUUAGCCACAAGGAAAUAAAAAAAAUAAGAGGUAUUGGGUCCAAAAUUGGCUAUCAGAUAGAGUCAUAUCUCAGAACUGGAACGAUUACAGAGGCCGAGCACAUUCUUCAAGACAAGAGAUUUCAUACACUGGAAUUAUUCGCCAGUAUUUUUGGUGUUGGCUUCAAGACGGCUUUAUCGUGGUAUCGUAAAGGAUAUCGCACAAUAGAGGAUUGCAAGAAUCAUCCGAAUUUAACUAAGGCUCAACAGCUUGGACUACAGCUAUUUGACGAUCUUCGGGAAAAAACGUUACCUCAAAAUUCACCGUUCUCAAAACGCAGAAUGAGUCGAGAAGAUGUCGAGGAAAUUUAUAACAUUAUCAAAGAAAACGUAAAAAAAUUAGACCCAGGAUGUGUCCUACAGCCUGUUGGUGGGUACAGACGCGGUAAAGAAUUGAAUGGUGAUUUAGACCUUAUAAUCUCACAUCCCGAUGAGGAACGUGUUCCAUCUUUGCUGAACGACGUGAUCACAACCCUAACGGAAGGCGGUUAUAUUAAGAAUCUGCUAUACCGUGCACGGAGCGAAUCGAGAACCGGUAUUAUAGAUCAUCUGGAGAAGUGUUUUGUUGCUUUCUUACAACCAAGUACUCAAAUCAAGCGACAAGUCGACUUCAUCAUUGCAACGCAAAGUCAAUUUGCAUCUGCAUUGGUCGGUUGGACUGGUUCACGACAAUACGAAAGGAGCCUCAGGAGAUACGCGAAAAGGGAGAAAAAAAUGGUUUUCGCCUCUCAUGGACUAUUCACAAAUACCAAGCCACGCAUACUAAUUCCUACAUCAACUGAGAGAGAAAUAUUUGAUAUUCUUGGUGUGCCUUGGCUAGAACCAGAGAUGCGGAAUUGCUGA